AAAUUCCUGCCACCCCAAUCCUUCUCCCGGCCGUACACCAUUUCGUUCCGACGCGAGUAAUUCCUCCCCACGGGCGGCGACUAGGGCGGCUAGGGUUCGUCGGGCGCCGCCGUGCCGGAGAUCGCCUCUCGCCGCCGACACCCGGAUCUCCGCCGCCGCCGGUCGCCCCAGGUUAUCCCGCUCCCGCAGUCACCAUCCCGUCUUCUCCGCCAGUCGCCUCACGCCCGGCCUGGACGCCCCGGAAUCCAUUGUCGGUCUCGCCCCGCCGACUGCCGUUGACGCCACUGGCUGAAGGAGCUGGAUGCAAAUUUGGCAGACCAAGUCCAAAACACGACAGCCAGCAGCAGCAGCAGGACACCAACGCGACGCCACCACAGUGUGAAUAUGUCGGACAGUGCGUUGAAAGAUCUGAAUCUAGCUCAGUCAGCAGAGCUGGAGAAAACCAAGGACAGUUCUGCCAAGUCUUGCAUCACCAAGCCUGUCUUGAAUGGCAACAAAUGCAACAAUACGGAAGAAAAUGCUCCACCUGUACUCCCUGAUGCUGUGACUAAUGGGUGUGAAGCUGGAAAUGCAGAUGUUGAGUAUAUUGAUUCUGAGAGUCUGACAGAUCUUGAAGAUGCUGGUGCAACCCUUAGUACUUUAGUUGCAAGGUUGGAUUCAAAAGACUGGGUUAUGACAUGUGAAGCUCUAAAUAAUGUUCGUCAGUUGGCAAUAUUUCACAAGGAUAGAUUGCAGGAACUUCUAGAGCCUCUAGUUCCUCUUAUUGUGAAAUCUGUCAAGAAUCCAAGGAGUGCUGUCUGUAAAACCGCACUCAUGACCUGCGCUGAUAUUUUCAAGGCAUACGGUGACCUAAUGGUUGACUCAAUUGAUCCACUGUUAGUGCAGCUAUUUCUGAAAUCUUCACAAGAUAAGCGUUUUGUCUGUGAAGCUGCUGAGGCAGCCCUCAUAUCGAUGACAAGCUGGAUCGCCCCUUCUGCUCUGUUACCAAAAAUGCAACCUUACCUUAAGAACAGGAAUCCACGAAUUCGAGCAAAAGCAUCAAUGUGCUUCAGCAAGAGCGUCCCACGCUUGGGUGUGGAGGGAAUUAAAGAAUAUGGAAUGGAUAAGCUUGUUCAGAUCGCAGCAACUCAGCUUAGUGACCAGCUUCCUGAAUCCAGGGAGGCUGCUCGCAAGCUGGCUUUGGAGCUACAAGCAUUCUAUGAGAAAUCCCAAGCUUCGAGUUCUGGUGAAGUUGACGACGCACCUGCUACCUCACCUGAUGCUGAUGCUGAUGCUGGUGCUGAAUCAUGGGAAGCUUUCUGCCAAUCAAAGCUUUCCCCAUUAAGUGCACAGGCAAUCCUUCGUGUCACCUCUACGACGAAAGAGGGUGUGGCUGUGGGUGUCACCUCUACCCCUCCGAAAGAAGGCGUCACUGUUGGUUGCUAGCAUCAGGAGGUAGUAGAUGCAAUGAGGUUGUGGUUUUUCCAUCCGAUUCACCUUUUGCUGUACAUGGUUAUGGUUGUUCUUUCUCUACAUCCAAUCUGGGAUUCGUUCGUUAAGCAUCGGUUCGAGAGUUGAGGUGUGACCUGUGGGUGUUAAUAUUGGUGCGAGAUAUACCUGUUAUAGUUGACUGUAUGAUCUUCCUUUUCUCCCACUGCUUGGUAUUGAUUGGUCAGGCGAAUUGUAGAAUUUCUUCCACUAUUCAAUAUUACUACACAGUAA